GGUUCAGUUCUGUACAUCUUUUGGACAGGUGUUUUGUGCAUUGUGGUGGCUGUUAAUGCCGUCGGUUGGAACAACACCAUCGCGAACUUUGCACCUGUAUGGUGUGAUUUAACUUCUCGACUCAUUAUUGGAGGAGCUGUUGCAAUUCCGGGAGCGACGCUAUGCAUCAAUCGUCGAUUGAAUCAAAUAUUAAAGCUACAAUAUCAGAGAGACCGUGUAGGGACAGCCAUCUCAAUUCCGCGUGAUGAACGAAUAACCUUUUGGCAGAGUUUUCACAAUGCAUUUGUAGACGCUUGCAUUGGUCUUGGCUUCCCCGCACUGGCCAUACUGCUCUAUUAUGUGGUGCAACAAUACCGUUUCGCGAUAGUGGAGGACGUUGGCUGUUAUCCGGCCAUUUGAAAUUGGAAAGCCAGCAUCCUCUUAUAUGCUAUAUGGCCUCUGCUUGCCACAGCUGGCUCAUUGUUUUAUUCUGCCGUGGCUAUCCGAGAAGCUCGCGCACAACUCGGCGUGCUUCAGAACAUCCUGACUUCUAGGUCCGAUGAUAAGCACCUAACAUCUAGACGUUUCCACAACCUAGUCAUCCUAUGCCUCGUACAAAACGCAUAUCAACUACUAGUAUCCACCUACAGGCUGGUUACUUUCGUUCCUCAAAGCGGCGCGUAUGCGUUUUGGCCCGGUUGGCAAGCGGUUCACAUGAAUGUGACUCGAGCUGCUGUUUGGACAGCGACCAAUGAAACGCGAAGCGACACUCCCUUCGGGGUGCAAUAUAAUUGGGAAGAUUCACCUUGGAGCGCUCUCAGCUUUUACUUUUUUCAAUGGACAUACGUGAUCCACGCGCUCUUUUAUUUUGCUUUGCUUGGGUUCACGGACGAAGCCAAAGAAUCCUAUCGUCGGGUGUUAUUCCUGAAUCCAUUCUCCCACUCAAAUUC